AUGGCGCGUACCAAGCAGACUGCCCGCAAGUCGACCGGUGGUAAGGCCCCCCGCAAGCAGCUCGCUACCAAGGCUGCCCGCAAGUCGGCCCCCUCGGCCGGCGGUGUGAAGAAGCCCCACCGCUACCGCCCUGGUACCGUGGCUCUUCGUGAGAUCCGUCGCUACCAGAAGAGCACUGAGCUGCUGAUCCGCAAGCUCCCCUUCCAGCGUCUCGUCCGUGAAAUUGCUCAGGACUUCAAGACUGACCUGCGUUUCCAGUCGUCGGCCGUCCUGGCUCUCCAGGAGUCGGCUGAGGCCUACCUGGUCUCGCUGUUCGAGGACACCAACCUGGCUGCCAUCCACGCGAAGCGUGUGACCAUCCAGCCCAAGGACAUUGCCCUUGCCCGCCGUCUCCGUGGCGAGCGCAGCUAA